AUGCCAGAAUCCAAUGAUAUUAAAAUGAAGGAUGUUCAGCAAGAUGAUGUAUCUUCUGAAAUAGAUUCUUUGGUUAAAGAAAUUGAACAGUCUUUCAUUUUGUUAAGUAAAGUUGCCACAACUUUCGACAAUAGAUACGUUUCAAAAGUGUUCAGAGACUUGGGUCCAUUAAGAAGAAAAUUAGUAAAAAAUGGAAAUUCAGUGUUGGCAACUGUCAUAAACAAUACAUACUCGCAAAAUCAUAACGCGAAGGCAUAUUUGUUGAAGUAUUUGAAUGAAUCGCCAUCUUCAGUUGGAAACGAUGCAAUGGAUGUUGACAAUAUUGUAUUAAUUCCAGAAAUUGAACUAUACAUACAUCUUUUAGUUCAAGUAUAUCUUUUGGAUACUGGCAAAUUGCAAGAAUUGAAUUCUUUAGGAGAGCAUGUGGUUCAAUUGAUGAAAUCAUUCAAUAGACGUUCGUUGGACUUUAUUCAGGCAAAAGUGUGGUUCUAUGUAUGCAGAGCUAAAGAGUUAAUUGGAGAUUUAUAUUCAAUUCGUCCAGAGUUACUGUACAGUUUGAGAACAGCCACCUUGAGACAUGAUAUAGAAACAACAGCAUCGAUCAUCACAUUACUAUUAAGAAAUUACUUAUUGACCCACGAUAUCAAUCAAGCUUCUGAUUUGGUAGAAAAAGUCGAAUUUCCCGAAAAUGCUGGUAAUGCAUUAGUUGCUAGAUACUCUUACUACUUGGCUAGAAUCAAUGCUAUUCAGUUGGAUUAUUCUACAGCAAACGAGUGUGCUGUAACCGCAAUCAGAAAAGCACCUCAAACAUCUUUGGCCAAUGGAUUUGUUCAAGCGGCCACUAAAUUGAGCAUUGUUAUUGAAUUGUUAAUGGGAGAUAUUCCUGAAUUGAAAGUUUUCAAAAACAAGUCUGGCAAUUUGGAACCCUACUUCAAUGUCACCAAAGCCGUAAGAUUGGGUGAUAUUAAGUUAUUCGGUGAAGUAUUGCACAAAUUCGAAAAUGAAUUCAAGAAGGAUGACAAUUUUACCUUAAUUUCCAGAUUACGUCAAAACGUUAUAAAGACAGGUAUUAGAAUCAUAUCAUUGUCAUAUUCCAAAAUAUCAUUAAAGGACAUAUGUAUAAAAUUGCAUUUGGAUUCUGAAGAGUCAACAGAAUAUAUUGUUUCCAAAGCUAUAAGAGAUGGCGUCAUAGAGGCUAGUAUUAACCAUCAGAAGGGUUACAUGCAAAGUAAAGAAUUGUUGGAUGUGUAUUCUACAAAGUUGCCUCAAGCAGAGUUUGACCAAAGAAUUAAGUUCUGUUUAGCAUUGCACAAUGAAAGUGUCAAGUCCAUGAGAUAUCCAAAUGAUAAUGAAAAAGGAAAUGUUAACAAAGACAUUGAACCAAGUGAAGAAAUUGAAUUAUUGAAAGCUAUUGAAGAAGGAGAUUUGGAUGACUUUAUGGAUUAA